AUAUCGCAAUCAUCCAGUUCAUGUCUUCCAAGGCCAUGCAUUGCACGUUGUAUUCGUGUUCUUGUUCCUGGUUGAUAACUCCCUUCUUGAAUUUUCUCAUGCAACGUUCACUAAGCAGGCCUGGCCACGAUGUCAGCAGUCGACGAUGAACCCGCUGCUGGCCAUGUCCCAGAAACUUGCCUGGACUUCCUCCCCAUGCAAGCACCGCUUGAUUCCAUACUCUACGGCAAGAAUGGACAAUGCGUUUCUUUUCUCCCUCGCGCGCGCCUUGGCGGGAGGUUCCUUCUGGCUAAAGAGCCCGUGGAAGGGGGCGACGAGGGGACCUUCCUGACAUGCUACCGACGCGAUCUAUUUAGUGUUGCUGGACUGCUUUCGAUCGACGAAUGGCCGACAUGGGCACUGCCAUCCGGGACGGGUCGCGAUCCCACCGCACAGGAUCCCAAAAUCACGGGCUUGCUUGCUCGCCUUAGGGCUGUGGAAUCCUGGGAUGCGACCGAAGUUGCUCUCACCUCAGGCGCCAACAGAUCGAAUGCGAUAGCUGAACGGGGUGCGCGGCCAGUUGACAUCCCGUUGCUUCCGCCGAGCCGAGAGCAAGAUGGCUCUGCCACGAGCUCGGAGCAUCUCGAGAUUCAAUUCGCAUGGGAGAGACUUCAGUUUCGGUCGGCCACAGCAAAUAAUGGGAAGCGGAGAAGGGAAAUUCGACAGCAAUUUAAGUUGAUUAUCGCGAUAAUGGCAUCGUGGGAGGACGGAACCUGUAGUACCCUUGCUGAGCUCGGGUCGUCCUUUCUUACAGUCCGGGGCCGGAGCCCGAAGAGCUUUUGUGCGUCUGAAGUGCCCCAGAUAUCUGAAUGGGAUAUGCCCCGGCCGGAAAACGACAUGGCUGGACUUGACCUGCAUCUUUCUGGCCCUUCGGCGCCGGAUUGGACGUCAGCUCCGGAGGUCUCGUUUUUCGACCUGUACUCUUCAUCUGCGAUCGGCGACCCUUCGCAGGAACUCAUUUAUUCCCAAGCGAUGUGGGACUGGAUGAACCCAAUAGAGUCUCUACUCACAACUACAACUAGCAUUCUGGACCCCGACCGACCAAUGGAGCAAGAGGCGGCCGUUGCUCGUGCUGUAUAUGAGAGCCAGCACGGUGUUACCGAUAACACAGGCCGCGGCCAGUUGUCAGGACAUCAUCUCAUGUCUACAGCCGCACCAUGUAGACAAGAUGCCAUUCCCGAACUCAACCCAGAUGCAGUGCCUUGGGCGCCUGGUAUCCACGACGGCCCGUCAUCCCAUCAUAGUGCACGUGAAUCUGGAUCUGUCCCCGCAGAUACACUUUCUAUUUCGCCACUUACGCCAGAUCAUUCCACCGUACCAGAGGAUAGAUCAUCCCAUACGGCUCUGACAAAAUCUACAGUAUCCCUUGCAGAGCAAACAAACGGCGAUGCCUCCAAGAAGCAGCGCACAGAGCCAGAUAGCGGCCCAACACAAUCCGCCGAGACCCAAUCCCGCUACAAGUACAUACCCAUUGGCAUCGGUGGGUGGCAGCCUCCUAUCGAGCCAGUUUACUGGCCGCAUCCUUGGUGCCAUAUUGAAACGGGCUCAGAGACUAGUGGCGAACUGUAUCGCGCCAAACCGUACUACACGCACCUGGAGCACAAACGAUUUAGGGUAUAGGAGGAUGAAUUGUUCCAUAUGAUAUUUCCCGCGUAUUAGGAGGAUGAAACUUUUGUGCUUCGCUUUAUUGUAACUAUAUAAACAGGUGUCCAGAUCUAUUCCGGCCCGCGACAACCCAUGAAUCUUCGAAACCAAUCCCAGAUGCCCAGUCGUUCUCUGGGUGGAUCUUCAUCGAUGCCGCUUCCUUGGCUCGUCGACUCCAUUGAAUUUUCGGUCGUCUUGCCAACAACAACACAUGAUUGCUGCAUGGUCUUUCCUCCCGAAAAAUUUCCCGGUGGUGGAGACGACAUUCUAGUGCUCGCUGUAUCGGCUCCCUGCGUCUUUCCC